AUGGAGGACCUCUACUUCUCCAUAACAACUCUCUCCUUCAUCCUUCUCCUUAUUUCUCUACUCAUCAUCAUCAAAAACAAUCAUAAUAACAAGGAAAACCCUAACCCUAAUCCACCAAGCCCUCCUGGUCUCCCUUUCAUUGGCCACCUUCAUCUUCUCAAACAUCCCAUCCACCGAACACUAGCCCAUCUCUCUGACCUCCAUGGCCCCAUCCUUCUCCUCCGCUUCGGUUCCCGCCCUGUUCUCCUCGUCUCCUCCUACUCCGGCGCCGACGAGUGCUUAACCGUCAACGACCUCACCUUUGCCAACCGUCCCCGUUUCCUCUCCGGCAAGCAUCUCGGCUACAACUACCGGACACUAGUCUUGGCCUCCUACGGUCCUCUCUGGCGCAACCUCCGCCGGAUCACCACCCUCGAAGUCCUCUCCACCACCCGGAUCCUCUCCUCCUCCUACAUCCGUUCCGACGAGGUCCUCUCCCUAGUCAAAACCCUCCUCAGUGAAUACACCGGCCCUGGCUUCCACUUCACUGAGCUUGAGACCAAGUUCUUUGGCCUCGCUUGCAAUAUCAUCAUGAGGAUGAUAGCCAACAAGAGGUACUACGGCGACGGCCAUGAGAGCUCGUCGGAGGCCGCGAAGGAGUUCAAGGAGGUCACCAGUGACACACUCGUCCUCUCUGGUAUGUCCAACACCGCUGACUUUCUUCCGGUGGUUCGGUGGUUUGGCAUUGGAGGCCAUGAGAGGGAGUUGAAGAGAUUGAUGAAGAGAAAGAACAAGUUUUCUCAAGGCCUCAUUGACGAGCACAGGAUGAAGAAGGAAUCCGAAUCCCAAAGCGUGGAGAGCUCACCGACGGUCAUCGACCUCCUCCUCUCCAUGCAAGAACGUGACCCGGAGCACUAUGACGAUGACAUGAUCAAGGGUUUCAUUGAUUUAAUGAUGGUAGCGGGGACGGACACGUCAGCAGCAACUACAGAAUGGACAAUGUCUCUUUUGCUAAAUAAUCCAGAAACACUGGGAAAACUAAGAGCUGAGAUUGAUGCAAAUGUAAGUCAAGAGGGGCCAUUGUUACAAGAAGCUGAUUUCCCAAAGCUUCCAUAUUUGCAUGCAGUGAUAAAUGAGUCACUGAGAAUGUAUCCAGCUGGGCCAUUACUACUUCCCCAUGAAUCAUCUCAAGAUUGUACUGUGGGUGGGUUUAAUGUCCCUAGUGGAACAAUGUUGCUAGUGAAUGCAUGGAAGAUACAUAGAGAUCCAGAGUUGUGGGAGGAGCCAGAGAAGUUUAAGCCUGAGAGGUUUCUUAGAACAAAUAAUGAUCAGAAGAGUAGUACUGAUGAGGUUGUCAAAGAAGGGUUGAAGAUGAUGCCGUUUGGGAUGGGAAGGCGAAGGUGUCCCGGUGAAGGGCUGGCGAUGAAGGUGGUGCCGUUGGUGGUCGGGACUCUGGUGCAAUGUUUUAAAUGGGAGAGAGUUGGAGAAGAAGAGGUGGAUAUGAGUGAAGGAACUGGGUUGAGCUUGCCCAAGGCUAAGCCUUUGGAAGCCAUGUUUAUGCCAAGGGAAUGUUUUGCUAGUCUUCUCAAUAAGCUUUGA